GCCUACGAGCCGGUAGCCCCGUGCUUAUUUCCUUUUUCUUUUUGUUUGGUUUCUAACGCGUGGAGACCGAGCCGCUGCCGGGCGCUCCCCGAAGACUGCGUAAAGUAAAGCAGGGCUCCUCGCCCCGUCUGCGAUUUGCAAGCCUGCCUGGGGAUCGCUUCGGGCCACCGGCGCGGCAGCUCCCACCUUCUCAGCCCGGCUACUCGUCCGGAUCCACGCUGGAAGAGAGAGGGAGGAACUAACAGUGCGGCGAUUCUGCACCUCGCUGGCUGCUUUGGGGUAACAAAAGGACCCGAGUUGCCUGCCGACUGCUUACCACCGGGAGCCGGGCUCGGAACAGAUCAGGUGCCCGGCGGCGCCCAGUGGAGGCUUCUAACUCUCUUCACGUAGCCCCUUUCCCGUCCCUCCUGUCUCGUUCCCUUUUUAAAUCCGGAGGCGCCUGCAGCCGCGCUCGCCUGCGACUCACCUCUCUCCAGCGGGCUUUUUUGUUUGUCGUGUGCGAUCCCCACACUCAUGAACAUACACAGGUCCACCCCUAUCACAAUAGCGAGAUAUGGGAGAUCGCGGAACAAAACCCAGGAUUUCGAAGAGUUGUCGUCUAUAAGGUCCGCCGAGCCCAGCCAGAGUUUCAGCCCGAACCUUGGCUCCCCGAGCCCGCCGGAGACUCCGAACUUGUCGCAUUGCGUUUCUUGCAUCGGGAAAUACUUAUUGUUGGAACCUCUGGAGGGAGACCACGUUUUCCGUGCCGUGCAUCUGCACAGCGGAGAGGAGCUGGUGUGCAAGGUGUUCGAUAUCAGCUGCUACCAGGAGUCCCUGGCGCCGUGCUUUUGUCUGUCUGCCCAUAGCAACAUCAACCAAAUCACCGAGAUUAUCCUGGGGGAGACCAAAGCCUAUGUGUUCUUUGAGCGAAGCUAUGGGGACAUGCACUCGUUUGUCCGCACCUGCAAGAAGCUGAGGGAAGAGGAGGCGGCCAGACUGUUCUACCAGAUCGCCUCGGCAGUGGCCCACUGCCAUGAUGGGGGGCUGGUGCUGCGGGACCUCAAGCUGCGCAAGUUCAUCUUUAAGGACGAAGAGAGGACUCGGGUCAAGCUGGAAAGCCUGGAAGAUGCCUACAUUCUGCGGGGAGAUGACGAUUCCCUGUCUGACAAACAUGGCUGCCCGGCAUAUGUGAGCCCAGAGAUCUUGAACACCAGUGGCAGCUACUCGGGCAAAGCGGCUGACGUGUGGAGCCUGGGCGUGAUGCUGUACACCAUGUUGGUGGGGCGGUACCCUUUCCAUGACAUUGAGCCCAGCUCCCUCUUCAGCAAGAUCCGGCGUGGCCAAUUCAACAUUCCAGAGACUCUGUCGCCCAAGGCCAAGUGCCUCAUCCGAAGCAUCCUGCGGCGGGAGCCCUCAGAGAGGCUGACCUCCCAGGAAAUUCUGGACCAUGCUUGGUUUUCUACAGAUUUUAGCGUCUCGAAUUCAGGAUAUGGUGCUAAGGAGGUGUCUGACCAGCUGGUGCCAGACGUCAACAUGGAAGAGAACUUGGACCCUUUCUUUAACUGAGCUCAUGCCCCACAGAGACUUAGCAGGUACCAGGAGCAAGAGAGGGCAGUGGAAAGUUCUUCCAGGGAACACAUAUUGCCUGGCUUGAUAGCAAGACAGACACACACACUCACAAGUUUCUUGGUUCAAAGAAGGAAAACCUUCAAGGAGCUGACUAAACAUGUAGCAUGGGGCAGGAGGUGUGGGACAGGGGCUGGGGUCGGAUGGACGGGAGUCCCUGGGAGACCACCCCUUUGCCAGUUGGGCUGCUUCCGCCUACCCCACUUUUCAUUUUGUUCAAAAAUAGUUGCAGAUCCUGACAGAAUCAAAACUCUCUGCCUCAAACACACAUCUUGGCAUCGCACUGUUAGUAUUUAACUUCUUGUUAUGAUUCAGGGAAGGAACAAUUGGCUGAGGAUUUUUUUUUUUUUUAAACAAGCCAACCACCUAUCUGCUAAUUAAUGGGGUUCACUUAAAAACAAAAUUCGGUGCACACAGACUGUCAUGAAACCUGGGUGCUAAAGUUAAAAAAAAAAAAUCAAAAGUCCAGUUUGUGUCUCUUAAUCGCUCUCUUCAACUCAUUUCUUCUAAAUAAACUAUUUACUAUCCUGGUCAGGAAAUGACAUGUUGAUGCUUGCUCCCUGAAGGGGAAAACAAAAAUCUGUCCUUUAACAAAUUCUUCUGUUUUGUGUCAAUUGGUUUGUGGCAGGAAGCUGUUAGAAGUCCAGCUUCCAGAUGCAUCGCUGCUGUCAUAGUUUGAAGGGGAAAGACAAGGGAAGAAGGAAGGGGAGAAGUGGAACUCCUUUAUUUUCUUCCUUUGAACAGGGAGGGUUUGCAUUAUGGGAUUACACAUUGAGAUGGUAGCAGUGGCCUGAGCUAGCAGGGAGCUCCUGGAUUCGGACGCCUUGGCAACACUCCAAUCUCACCUAAACAUUUUGUCUUUGUUUUAUUGGAAACUAGUGAAACAAAGCAGGUUGUCCCAUGUGUAUAAAAUACAGGGCAGCUAUUUCGUUUUCUUUACGGAGAAUGAUCCUUUUGUCUUGAAAGGCCCUCUGGUUUGGACAAAACCCUCAAUAGAGAUAAGCAGGAAGGAUAAUAAGCUGAAAGCUAGGAUGAUAUAAAUAAAAACAGCUCUCUGUCCCAAUACGCACCUUUGUAUUUUCAAGAACUCUUCUAUUUAUUAAGGAAAAUGUCACAUUGUGAUGUAUUAAGCCAGUACUUCAAUUACGGGUUGACUUGGGAUGACAUGUUACAUGCUGUAGUUAAACAUAUGUAAUUUUUUUUCCUGUUUGAGUAUUUCUGUCCCUGAAAUAACUUUUUCUUUGCUUUUCUAGAUAGCUUUAUUUGGUUUCGAGUGGCAAGAUGUUUUUGUUCUGUUUUCUUUUUCUUUUUUUUUUAUUACAGCUUUUCUAUUGCUGUACGAUACAGAACUCUUUUGGCAUAAAUAUUUGUGUUUCCAGUACCUCAGUUGUUUGGAUUUACUGCCUGUAUAUGUUUCGUGAAAUGGUCAUGUUUUUGGGUAGGUAACACGUGGACUCUAGUAUGUAAAUGUUACUUGACUCUGUGCUUCAUUAUAGUAUGUGGCAUGUAUGUUCAGACUCUUGGAUGCUUCAUGCCUGCUCCGCAGGGGGCCUGCCCUUCACGUUCCCCGGAGGGCGGCUUCACGUUCAUAAUCAGGUGACAAGGCGGCCAUGGAUCUGCCCUCGAUUCUAUUUUGAUAACGGAGGAUAUAAAGGAGAGAGGUUUUUUACAUUCUGAAGAUGGUGCUGUGUCAAGAAGGACCUUUUUUUCCUUCCCUCUUCCCUCUUUUUUAAGUACCUUGUAGGAGGAAAGAUUGGUGAUGUGCAUGGUGGGGAUCUAUGGCCUCUGGUGCUUUGUCCUGUACUUGGUUUAAUGUUUUGUCCUAAUCUCUUCAAUCAAUAAAAUUGUGCGUAUUUAACUAA